AUGGCUUUGGAUGACAAGCGUGGAAAAGGCUUAUCUUUCACACCAAUGGGAAUAGAAGAUAACACAAUGAGGAACGGGAGAGGGCUCUCGGAUCAGUGGGCCGACAGUGUCGUGGUCCGCCCGAGGACAACCGAACAGCACAUCACCGUCCACAAAAGACUGGUUCUGGGCUUUGCCGUCUCUAUUCUAACACUUAUCGUUGUGACCGUGAUCGCUGUCUUACUCAGCGUCAGGUUCGAGGAGUGCGCGGGGGAGAGCAGCUCACGCGCGGCCAACGGUUCCAACCCCAAAUUCAACCAGUCCCGGGAUGCUCACCCCAAUCACAAAGAUGAGGAGGUCCAGCCUUGGCGUCAUUUGAGGUUACCGACGUCUUUGAGACCACGACACUACGACUUAAAGCUCUCGGUCUAUAUGGAUAACUUCACCUUUUCCGGAGAAGUUAACAUCGAAUUUGAGUGUGUGAACUCCACAAAGUUUAUAGUGCUGCACGCGGACAGGCUGGAGUUGGAAAAGGCAGUGGUGUACUCGGAUAACAAAAAGCCCGGUGUCAUAAGAAUUCACCGUCAGUUUCACUAUCCAUCAAACCAAGUUUAUGUUAUCGCUUUACACCGGGAAUUAAAGCCGCAAAGAAUCUACAAAGUUAAUAUUACAUUCGAAGCCCAAAUUGAAAACGAACUGCUCGGAUUUUUUCGCAGUUCUUAUGUUUUGCAUGGAGAAAAAAGGUUUCUGGCAGUAACACAGUUCUCUCCCACUCAUGCCCGAAAGGCUUUUCCGUGCUUUGACGAGCCCAUCUAUAAAGCCACUUUCAAAAUCAGCCUGAAGCACGAAAGCACAUAUUUGUCUCUCUCCAACAUGCCGGUGGAAUUGUCCGUCCCGGAUGAAGACGGAUGGGUGACCAACCAUUUUUCUCGCACUCCUCGAAUGUCUACCUAUUAUCUGGCCUGGGCCGUGUGUAAUUUCACCUACAAGGAAACCUUCACUGACAGCGGCGUGGUGAUUCGGCUGUACGCCCGACCCAACGCCAUCCAGAGGGGGUCCGGUGACUACGCUUUGCAGAUCACAAAGAGACUCCUGCAGUUUUACGAAGACUAUUUCAAAGUGAAGUACUCCUUGCCCAAGUUAGAUCUCCUGGCCGUGCCCAAGCACCCCUACGCCGCCAUGGAGAACUGGGGUCUCAGCGUCUUCGUGGAGCAGAAGAUCCUGCUGGACCCUGAGGUCUCCUCCAUCUCCUACCUGAUGGAGCUCACCAUGGUGGUGGUGCACGAGAUCUGCCACCAGUGGUUUGGUGACCUUGUGACUCCAGUGUGGUGGGAAGAUGUCUGGCUUAAAGAAGGAUUCGCCCAUUUCUUUGAGUACGUGGGGACCGACUUCCUCUUUCCCAAAUGGAACAUGGAGAAGCAGCGGUUCCUGACGGAUGUCCUGCACGAGGUGAUGCUAUUGGACGGCCUGGCCAGCUCCCACCCUAUCUCCCAGGAGGUGUUCCAGGCCACCGACAUCGACCGUGUGUUUGACUGGAUCGCCUAUAAAAAGGGGGCGGCGCUCAUCCGGAUGCUGGCCAACGUCAUGGGGCAGCCAGUCUUCCAGAGGGGUUUAAAUGAUUACUUGUUGACACACAUGUACGGCAACGCGGCAAGAGAUGACCUUUGGAACAAGUUCUCGGAGGCGAUGCAGAAGGAGGGGAAGGACAUCAACAUCAAAGAGGUGAUGGAUCGCUGGACCCUGCAGAUGGGCUACCCGGUGGUGACCAUCAGCAAGAAUGACAGCCUGGACAACAGCGUGACCAUCAGCCAGGAGCACUUCGUCUACGACAUGGACGCCAAGAUCAGGGAUCCAGACCUGUUCAACACCAGUUUUCGGUGGCAAAUCCCUUUGACGCUUUCAUUGGGAAAUUCAACGUACAUAUCGUCAGAAGCGAUCAUUUGGGUUUCCAAUAGGACAGAAACACAUAAAAUUGGGCUGAUGAACGAGAACACGUGGCUGCUUGGGAACAUCAAUCAGACAGGCUACUUCAGGGUGAACUACGACCUGCAGAACUGGAGGCUGCUGAUCGAACAGCUGAUGAAAAAGCCAGAGGUUAUAUCCGUGGGCAACCGGGCAGGACUUAUCGAUGACGUCUUCAACCUUGCCAGAGCAGGGUACCUGCCCCAGAACAUCCCCCUGGAGAUGAUCUGCUACCUGCCCCAGGAGAGGGAGUUCCUGCCCUGGCACGCAGCCAGCCGCUCCCUGUACCAGCUGGACAAGCUGCUGGACCGCACCGAGGAGUACAGCGUCUUUAGUGAUUACGUGCUGAGACAAGUGGCGUCCAUGUACCACAGGCUUGGGUGGCCCGUGAGUUCUGCCAACGGCUCUGUCAUGCAAGUGGCCUACCAGACCGAGGAGAUGCAGAGGGAGGUGAUCAUGUUGGCCUGCAGCUUCGGGAACAAACACUGUCACCGACAGGCCGUGUCGCUCAUCUCGGACUGGAUAUCGAGCAAUAAGAACAGGAUCCCGCCGAACGUGAGGGACAUCGUUUACUGCACCGGCGUGUCUCUGAUGGACGAGGACGUGUGGGAGUUCAUCUGGAUGAAAUUCCACUCCACCUCCGCCAUCUCAGAGAAGAAAGUGCUCCUGGAGGCCCUGACCUGCAGUGACAACACGUUCCUGCUGAACCGACUUCUAAAUCUGUCACUCAGUUCAGACCUGGUGCCCGAUCAGGAUGUGAUUGAUGUUAUCAUACAUGUGGGCCGGAAUCCUCAUGGGAGACACCUGGCCUGGAGGUACUUCAGGGAAAAGUGGGACAUUUUAAAUUCCAGAUAUGGAGAGGCCUUAUUCAUGAAUUCCAAAUUAAUCAAUGGUGUGACCGAGUUUCUGAACACAGAAUCCGAACUGAACGAGCUGAGGGAGUUCGUCCAGAACAACGGCGGCGUUGCAGCCGCGGCGUUCGCCCGCGCCGUGGAGAUCGUGGAAGCCAACGUCAGGUGGCACAGCCUCUUCGAGCAGCGGUUCUUCCAAUGGCUACGCAAAUCCCCCAACAGCUAAUCUGCAACCAUAAUGAAUAUUCAUGAUACGGCAUCUCAUCGAAACAUUUACCCUCCGUAAGAGAAAGGGGAAGACAGAACAGAACAGUUGCGAAGACGGAGAAUAACUUCGUUUGAAUUGCAAAUGCAGAUAUAUAUUUUUUUCCUGCAAAAGAAACCUGCCCGUGGAAUGAAAUGAGGAGAAGGAAUCAGAUACACAAACAGAAUGGUGCCCGUUUUGGCUGGAAAAGAGGUGAAAGGAUGUGAUUGGAAGUAUUGCAUGGUCUUGUUUAUCUUCAGUUGACACUUUUUUGAGCAUAUUUUGUUUUUUUAAUGUGCAUGGAUUGUUCACUCCUUCACCACUUGUCCAGCAUGCUUGACCUAUGACCUAUGACCUACAGCCAUUCUCCAAUCCGGUCAAACCCCAAGUGUUAUUCAGACAAAAUGAGAUGGACAACCCAGGACAGGACGCAGGGCAACGUUAUGCAACUGUUACAAGCACAAAUGACUGUCUUGACAAUCAGUGUUUCAUUCG